AUGCCCUUCUACUCUAGCUCGACUCGUUCCAGAAAAUCUAAGAAAGAUGGGACGAGCAGAGCAUCCACGGCUUCAGUCGUUUCUUCAAACUCGCAUUCCACCAAAGGCCCCAAACUAUCAGUGGAGAAACCCAAGGUAGACAGCCAAACCCAAUCUACUAUAUCAAAGAGCAACAGCAACGGGUCCACUGCGCGGCCACAAGCAGCUCAGAACAAACACGAUUCCGAUCGCAAAGCUCCCAAUGUGUUCGAGUACCUUGAAGAUAACUCGACUACAACGGAUGAUUCGUCCGAUGACGAGUACGAGCAUCACGUACCCAGCAAUAAUGCCAAGGGGGCAUACAAGAACGCAGUCCGUCAGAUGUAUCGCCCCGCCGCGCAAGGCACUGAUGCCCGCAGCCGUACCUCGUCCAUACUGUCCAAGUCCUCGGCGAACUCUCAGAAGACUCCCAGUUCAAUUGAAAUUCCUCCAAGCACCGUCACCUCAAACACCGUGAAGAGCCACAUCCCAGCGCAUAAACCCUCACUGGACGGGGCAUACAGUGCGGUGGGGGCGUUUCCCGACGGCUCGAACUACUAUGAGAAACGAAGCGUGGACUUGAAUGCAAGACCGGAGACGUAUUACCCUCAGAAUUCUGUCUCUCUUCAGCGGUCGCCACUACCCCCAUCGCCGCCGCGAAGCCCUGAAGAAGAUCUUCACCGGCCCACACGACGGAACAGGCGCAACACCAAAUCCUCAGACAUCUCCGGAUAUAGCCUCCUCGCUACCCGGCUGAGCUCCGCCACGGAGACCCAGGAGCCCCGUCUCCCUCCUCUGUACCGCCGGUUCGAGAAUCUCAACCACCGCGUCCUGCUUCAUCUUCAGGACGAAAUCGCACAAAUGGAGGAAGACCUGCGCCUAGUGGACGAGUACGAGGAAUUGCAACGGGCCGCAACGGCCGAGCAAGAGGGCACGAAAAUGCUCCCUGCCUCCCGGCGUAUGGAUGCCCAAGCACAGGUAUACUCCUCCGUUCACUACCGACGUGAGGAGCUUCUCAGUGCGCUAGCUCGAAAGACCGAGCAAUACAACAAUGCCCUCAGCGCAUAUAGCAGGGUCCUUCAAACGCUCCCCCGCGCCUCUACGCAGGAUAUUAAUACGUAUCGGAACUGGAUGAAGCAAACCAACCCUGUCAUCGCCGCUGAGACACGGUUCCUCGAUUACACCAAAGACCUGAUCUCUCUAACUCCACGCAUGGCUUCUACCUCGACCGCGAAGCCUAUUUUCACCACCAUCAUCAUUGCCUCUACUGCCAUCCUCCUACCAUUGCUCGCAUUCAGCAUGAUUUCCGAGUUCUCCGGUCGUCUCGUCGUAGUCGCACUCGUAGGAGUCGCUGCAUCAAUCAUCGCCUCCACCAACUCCACCAGCGCAGACCAGCUUGUUGACUCUCGGGACGGCUGGCGAUGCGCAACCAUAUACUUCGGCUUCAUGACCGUCACCGCAAUGUUCAUCCCCUAA